AGAGAUGCUCUAAGUAAAGCAUUGUAUUCGAGAUUGUUCAGUUGGCUCGUUAAGAAGGCUAAUGGGAUUAUAAGCAAAGCUGAUAAAGACAUGUCAUUGGCUAUUCUGGACAUAUUUGGUUUUGAGGUACGUAUGGGAGUAACAGGGAACACACUUGUGUCUCUUGAUGAAAAUGCUAUCAAAAUUUCAUUGAUGAUGAAAAUGGUAAUCUAGCCUUUCAUUAUGUCUUGUUUCAGGAUUUUCAACGCAACAGCUUUGAGCAACUCUGCAUCAACUACGCCAAUGAAAGUCUUCAAUAUUUCUUCAAUCAAUCCAUCUUCAGUUUGGAACAGGUAAAUCAUGUUGUCAAGGGCGUUGCUAACGGGAAGACUGAUCAUUAGUUUGGGAUACCUGCAUGGCUGGUGUCCUUAAAUAUACAAGCAGUCUAAUCAUCUAAGUUUCUUCCUGUAGUAACACUGGAUCAAUAAGAGAUGAUCCUUACUGGACCUCUAGGAAGAACAGUUUAGAACUGAUAGAGCUAUCCAUUAUAAAUAAAGUUAGUUUAGUUUAGGUUUCCUCCUGUAGUAACACUGGAUCAAUAAGAGAUGAUCCUUACUGGACCUUUAGGAAGAACAGUUUAGAACUGAUAGAGCUAUCCAUUAUAAAUAAAGUUAGUUUAGUUUAGGUUUCCUCCUGUAGUAACACUGGAUCAAUAAGAGAUGAUCCUUACUGGACCUCUAGGAAGAACAGUUUAGAACUGAUAGAGCUAUCCAUUAUAAAUAAAGUUAGUUUAGUUUAGGUUUCCUCCUGUAGUAACACUGGAUCAAUAUAAGAGAUGAUCCUUACUGGAUUUCUAGAAAGAACAAUUUAGAACUGAUAGAGCUAUCCAGUAUAAAUAAAUAAAAUUAGUUUAGUUUAGGCUUCCUCCUGUAGUAACACUGGAUCAAUAUAAGAGAUGAUCCUUACUGGACUUCUAGAAAGAACAAUUUAGAACUGAUAGAGCUAUCCAGUAUAAAUAAAUAAAUAAAUAAAUAAAUAAAUAAAUAAAUAAAUAAAUAAAAUUAGUUUAGUUUAGGCUUCCUCCUGUAGUAACACUGGAUCAAUAUAAGAGAUGAUCCUUACUGGACUUCUAGGAAGAACAGUUUAGAACUGAUAGAGCUAUCCAGUAUAAAUAAAGUUAGUUAAGUCAAUUGAGCGAAGCAUUAAUCUACUCAAAAUAAUUACAUUUAUUCAAGUAUUAUUUAUUUUCACAAUUUUAGGAAGAAUAUCAAAAAGAAGGGUUGCAGUGGAAAUGGAUUCGUUAUUCUGACAACACGAUGUGUCUCGAACUGAUUGGUGGAACGAACUUUGGAAUUUUGCAUCUGCUGUCGGAUGAGACUACUUUUCCUAAGGUUAGUGUAAUAUUGGUAUAAAAAUACCUGGAUGGGAAGCAUGGAUGGAAGUAGCGAUUGGGUGGAAGUGGUUGGGUCUCUCCUGUUUAAAUGUGUUAUGUCAAACAAAAUUUCUCACAAUACUACCAUUAAUGUUCCCGUAGUCAACUGAUCAAACCUUCUUGGAGAAAUGCUAUCAACGCUACAAGAGUCACAAAUGCUUUGAAAAACCGAAAACACAUAAAAUGCAGUUUGGAAUCAGCCACUACGCUGGAACCGUGUGGUAUAGUGUAAGUUGGAAAAUAUUUUUAUUUAUUUGUUUAUUUACUUUGGAACCAUAUGAGAAUACAAAAGUGUCUAAUGUAUUGAUUGAGGGUGUGGUCAACGGGACAUGGUUCCCAAAUGAAGACCGAUCUGACAAAAGUUCCAUAGUUCGCAGACGAGAUGGGUUGGAGACUCGUUAGAAUUACAACAUACAGUAACUUAAUAAGUUCUUUGUAUGUUUGCAUGGCAAUAAAACAUAUAAUAGUUUCGUUUGGGUAAAAAAAAACAUAUAAUAGUUUAUACAUUAGAUGAUAAAACAUAUAAUAGUUAAAUUUGCUUUGCAGUAAUAAAUUUACGUGGUGUUUCCACAAUUUUGUUCAGGUUUAUUCAGAAAGUUGGUCGUUCGUUAUUCGUGUGUGUAUUGUAUUUUUGCCUAACUAACCAAUAGCAAUGUUUUAGGAAAGUUAGCUAUCCGUGUCUUGAACAAUUGGGUAACUUAAUAAAUUGCUAUUGGUGGAUUUGGCGAAAAUACAAUUCGCACGUAGCGAAGGACCAGAUUUUUCAUAAACGUUGACUAACAUAAAUAAUGAAUUAUAUAACUCACUCUAAUAAGUUUCCAACCAAUCUCUUCCUUUAACUAUGAAGUUACGGAACAAUAUGGAAAAGACAACCAUUGUUAUAAGAUUUGGAAAUUUAUGAACAACGAAAAAUUCACUAUAUCCUGCAACUCUGACCUUCAUUGUCGUUCACACGAAGAUGAUCAGGACAUGUUUCGGUGUGUUUGUCUGUGUACAUCAUGGUAUAUUGCAAGUUUUAUGAUUUUUUAUUUUAGGUUGAUAAAUUUUUGGAUAAAAACCGAGAUGGGCUUCGUAAAGAUCUUGUCGAUCUCAUUGCAUCUUGUAGAGAACCUGUAAGUAACAAUGUACUACUCUAGGGGGUUGAUGAUUCUGUUUUAAAAUUGAGGAGGCGCCAGGGAGGCGCCCACAGAAAGCCUUCGACUCGAUCAGGUUGGGCUGCGUCCUUCAUAAUUCAGCCUAGCUCGUUAGUCAUGUAAAACUAUAACCAUAUCUCUCUCUUGCAGUUUGUGUUCAAGUUAUUCCCAGAGCUUCAGUCCUACACCGGCACAGCCAUCGUGACAGAUCUUACACUACCUCAGAAUCAAACACUUUCUAGAGGUCAUCUUUUAAACCCCAGCUCGCCACAGAAAUCCACAGUUGCUGCGAAAUUCCAUGAAUCACUUGUGACCUUACUUCAGAAAAUGAGAGAGUAAGAUUUGAUAAAUAUACUGUAGAUUGUUUGGGCACUUAGAAUGUAGAAUAUUGGUCCAAAUAUCAGAACAUUUGCUCAAUUUUAAGUCCUUCAAAUAGCUGCUGAAACAUUCAUUUUCAGUUGGCACCAAUGCCAAAACCUAUUGUAAAUUUUGUCAACAAUUUCAUGACAUGAACGGAUUUGUGAAAUUGAGAGCCGUUUCAAAAUUGUCUACUUUUUUCUGAUACACCCUGUAUAGAACUCACUGUUCAUUUAUCGUCUCCUAGGUGUAAUCCGUUCUUUAUUCGAUGUGUUAAACCAAACAAUGAAAAGGUAGGUUCGAUCUUCAAAAGUAUACACAAUAAAAUUUGUGUUCAUUUCUGGAGUUUUUGUAAUAAUAUGUUUUCGGUUUUUGGAUUAAUGGUAUUUUGUUUAUGUGUCUCUCUUUGCAGUCGCCAAUGAUGAUACAGACGCCCUUGGUACUAGAGCAACUACGGUACAGCGGUGUUCUCGAAACAGUACGGAUCAGAAAACUUGGAUAUCCAAUCAGAUAUUUCUACACGGACUUCUUGAGAAGGUAGACUAGGAAAUGGCCGCAAGACUGAAGAACUACUUGGGUGUCCCAAACUGGACACGUACUGUUUGAUUUCAUGUAACGUAAAAGCUAUACAAGCUAUCGCAAUGAAAUAAAGAUCAUUGCAUUCAGAAAGGACUAACUUAGAUUUUGAUAUAUAGCACUUGAAUUUACAUGCAAUAAUAUUGACUGCACUAUUGAUGUUUGAACGUUGAACUACUGUUUUUGAAAAUGCCAAAAAUUAGCAUAAAACAACCUUAUAAUUACCGAUGUAGUUAUACUUGUUAAAUAAUAAAUAUUUUUAUUUUGGUCGUGUCUCGCUCAAUAUUGCAUGUAAAUUCAAGUGUUAUAUAUCAAAAUCUAAGUUAGUCAUUUCUGAAUCCAAUGAUCUUUAUUUCAUUGCGAUAGUUUUUAUAACUUUUACGUUACAUGAAAUCAAGCAGUGUCCAGUUUUUUUUGAGACACCCGGGUAGACUAAACUAAAUUAAAAAGGAAUGAUGCUUUUGACUCUUGUGUAAAUAAACGCUGCCGUUAAUCAGUUGAACGGUCGGUACAUAAUAAUAAUAAUAAUAAUUUAUUAAUUUAUAUUGCGCAAAUAUCAACUGAAUUGUUUUCAAUUGCGCAUUACAAUCGAUGUUACAAUAUGAUAAGAUUAAUUAACCCAGGGCUGCAAAUAAAUAUUUGACUUGACUGGACAUUUGUCCGAUCACUUUUAAUUUUGGUCGGACAUUUGAAUUUGGUCGGACAAAAACCAACGUACACCACUAAAUUUGGUCGGACAUAUAUACGUCACAAGAUAUUUAUAAGUCACGAGACAAGUAUGUAUAGCCAUUCCGGCGCAACGUUAAGUAAAAUGCUAGAAUGCCUCGUAAAUUCUAUUGCAAAAUGCAAAUUGAGUGAAUUUGCAAUCGGAUUUUGUCACGGCAAAAAAAUGUAUAAUGUCACAAUUUUUUUGUGAUCUGACCAAUGUCCGAUCAAAAUUACUUUUGCUCAGACAUUUGCCAAAUUUAGUCGGACAUUGUCCGAUGUCCGACAGUAAUUUGCAGCCCUGUUAACCUAUUUUACAUAAGAUUCGCUAUUUUCAAUAUUUAUUUCAGCCGGUAAACUGUUCCAUACUUUAGGCGCAGCUGCACUAAACGAUAGUACAUGUGUUGAUAAUAACGAUCUUCAUUUCUCUAGGUAUCGUUGUCUAUCAUCAUUGCACGUCAGACACGACGCUCAAGUGAAAGAUCAAUGUCUACAAAUCUUGCGAGCAAUUGCUGGAUCACAAACUGUCAAUGCCUUCCAACUUGGUUACACCAAAGUAAGGAAAUGUAGGAAAUGAUGACUUUCAUUAACUCUUUAAGUAGCAAUGCGCGAGAGUGCUGCCACUCAAUGGGUUAAACUGAGCCGACCUAUUUAAGUUUUUUUAAGGCUAUAGCAAACAUUGUUUCCCAACCAUAUUUUGUAUAGACAUUCCUGGUUUAUCCACAAUUGUGAGUAAAAACCAGGUAACAUCGUAUCUCAGCCAUAUUUCCCGAAGGUGGGCAAACUGUAUUCUUGGGUUUCAAUCACGUGAUGAUAUUUUAGCAUAAUUUGACUCAAGUGGGGUCAACCAUUGAACUGGGAUUUGAACAAAAAAAAACCAAAAUGGCUGUCAACGCAUCUUAUGUAAAUGAGUUUUACGACUAUUAUAAAAGCCAAUAUAAAAGCCGUCGUUUACCCCAGACCCUUGUGCCCCACGUGACGUCAAAUGAAACCAAUGAAUAGGAAACAUUGUUUUCCCUGGGUUUCAAUCAACUGAUUUCUGUAUUUCUUUUAGGCAUUUCUCAGCGAGGAGUUGUCCCACAGAUUGGAGGAAGUGCGAUAUCGUAAAAUUAACAAAGCCACAAUUAUUCUUCAGAAACACGUAAGUUUCGUCCAUAUAUAUUCUCAUUUUCUCAAGAAGAUGGUACUCCCCGAUGAAUAAAAUGCCUCGUAAAAAUUGGCUCUUUGGAUUCAGCUAAAAAUUCAAGCCUUCAAGGAUUCAGCUAAAUUACUAUUCCAUCGUUUUCACGUAUCAGUUAAGGUAUUUUGUUAGUUGCUCGCUAAAAUUCAAGAUAAUCGUUAGCUAUCAGUAUUCGGUAAGUCAGUAAGAUAUUUUGUAAGAUGUGAGCUCCGAAUUGCUGUUUCAUCGUUUGUAAGCUAUCAGUUAAGAUAUUUUGUCAGUUUUCAGUCAAAAAUACGAAGAAUAUUAGCAGUGAGAUAACCUCAAUCAGACCUUCAAAAUAUAAUGUAUAUUUCCUAUAGGUUCGUCGUUUGCUUUAUCGCAGAAGAUUUAUUCAAAUGAGAAAAUCUGCAAUUCUCAUCCAAAGUCAAGUUCGUGGAUGGCGUCAACGGUACAGACGAAUAACGAAACGAAACUAACUUUAUUUAUACUGGAUAGGUCUAUCAGUUCUAAACUGUUCUCCCUAGAGGUCCAAUAAGAAUCAUCUCUUAUUAAUCCAGUGUUACUACAGGAGGAAACCUAAAUGAAAGUAACUUUAUUUAUACUGGAUAGCUCUAUCAGUUCUAAACUGUUCUUCCUAGAGGUCCAGUAAGGAUCAUCUCUUAUUGAUCAAGUGUUACUACAGGAGGAAACCUAAACUAAACUAACUUUAUUUAUACUGGAUAGCUCUAUCAGUUCUAAACUGUUCUUCCUAGAGGUCCGGUAAGGAUCAUCUCUUAUUGAUCCAGUGUUACUACAGGAGGAAACCUAAACUAAACUAACUUUAUUUAUACUGGAUAGCUCUAUCAGUUCUAAACUGUUCUUCCUAGAGGUCCAGUAAGGAUCAUCUCUUAUUGAUCCAGUGUUACUACAGGAGGAAACCUAAACUAAACUAACUUUAUUUAUACUGGAUAGCUCUAUCAGUUCUAAACUAUUCUUUCUAGAGGUCCAGUAAGGAUCAUCUCUUAUUGAUCCAGUGUUACUACAGGAGGAAACCUGAACUAAACUAACUUUAUUUAUACUGGAUAGCUCUAUCAGUUCUAAACUGUUCUUCCUAGAGGUCCGGUAAGGAUCAUCUCUUAUUGAUCCAGUGUUACUACAGCAAGGAAACUUAAACUAAACUGAACUGAACUCCCUAGAGGUACAGUAAGAGUUAAAUCUUUGUAUCGUGUUUUUGUAGGCAAAAGUACAAAAAGAUGAGAGAAGGAUUUAUCAAGGCUCAAGCUCGAUACAAAGCAAGAUUACAAGAGAAAGAAUAUGCAAAGGUCAGCAAUAAAUGUCGAUACCAAAUAUCCUAACAAACAGGAGGAAACCUAAACUAAACUAACUUUAUGUAUACUGGAUAGAGGUCCAGUAAGGAUCAUCUCUUAUUCAAUGGAUAACUAUCCAUUGAAGUUCUAUCAGUUCUAAAGUGUUCGCCCUAUAAGUCCAGUAAGGAUCAUCUCUUAUUGAUCCAGUGUUACUACAGGAGGAAACUUAAACUAAACUAACUUUAUUUAUACUCAAUAAGUUGGAUAGCUUUAUCAGUUCUAAUUUCUAAACUGUUCUCCCUAGAAGUCGAGUAAGGGCCAUGCUAUAUUGGUCCAGUGUUACUACGGGGGGUACUCAGAGGGUACCAGCGUUGUUUGGUAGAGUGCCUGCAACAUUCACUCUUCGUUGACGAAAUUUUAGACAUGAACAUACUGCAGAAAUGAAAAAUCGGUCGGAUGUGAAACGCGACUCCCUGUUUAACCAAUGUCCUAUCUAGACCAGACCGAGGUCUAAAGUUUAAUAAUUUAUGUAAUAACUCUAUUAUAGAUGCGGGAAGAAUUUCGACGGGCAAAAGCUAUCAGAAAAGCGGAAGAAAAUGCAGCACAAGAACGAAAGGUAGUUUUGAAAAAUUUAACGGUUUAAUUUUGAGUAAUUUCUAUGUGUAUUGUAUUUCUACCGUAACUCAUUUUGUCUAGUACAGUAUGAGUCCACUAGAUAAGUAGGUAAAAGCCGGUUUUCCACUAGCGAAUUUUCUCGAGCGAGGCGACCUUUUUCCUUUGUCAGUGUCACUUAUUACAGUACGUCAGCAAAAUGGAUGCCGACAAAGGAAAAAGCUCGCUUCGCGCGAAAAAAGUCGCUUGUGGAAAACCGGCUUAACCUUAGUUUUUUACGCGAAGUGUUUGUUUCUUGACAGGAUAGAGAUCAAGGAGUUCACGUUGAUGUCACUCAACUUGAAAUCACGACUGAUUUAGCAUUGGUUAUCACGAAAUUACCAGGUAGAUUAAAAAAACUACACAGUUUUGUUCAUUGAAGAUAUAAGUUUCAAAAUUGCGUUAUUUCUAAUUACCCCAAUUACCAAAAGUUAAUUUAGAUAUUUGAUCUGUUAAUGUAGCCUGGGAGUUCGCGACGUUACAAAAGUCAGUAGUCUCAGCGUCAAGCGAAGUUGUCAAACAUAACUAUCGUUCAUCACACCUGCCUGAUGACGUGGAUGCUUUCAAGUUUUCGAAAUUUUCUCAUCUUUACUUUCAGGUUUGUAAUGCUUUACAUUGUAAUUAGCCUCCUCCACAGGCGUCGCCUUUAGAUUAGCGGGCAAAAUUUGCUUGCGGGCAAAAAUUUGAAGCGGCGAUAUAAAUCUCACCGACUUUGUAAAGUAUAAAGUGAACCACGAGAUGCGGCCACAUUGUAAUAUGAACAGGGGCCAUGGGGGGGGGGGGGGUUACAACCUUGAUGAACCUUACAUUAAUUUUGCCAAGGGAUUAGCUUUAACCAUCACUUGUAGUGUGGUGGUCAGCACGCUUGCCUUUUAAACUGGGAGACCCAGGUUCAAUCCUUGCUCGGACCUCUACUCAAGCUCUUAAAGUAAUUGAGGAGAUCGAGAGAGCUACCUUUACAUUGACAUCAGUAAAUGGUUAGACUUUCGCGUCUUCUCGGAUAACGACGUUAAAUCGUAGGUACCUUGGAUCCCUAUUAAUUAGGCAAUAGUCUAGUGGUGGGAAAUCCGCUCACCAAUGAUUGAGAAAUUCAAUAAACUCAAUAAACUCAAACUCAAUGAACUCAAACUUUUUCGAGUAGCUUUAUUACAUUUUUAAGGCUAACGAUAAUUUCAUUCUUCUUGCUGAGAAACUCGAUGAUUUUCCUUAAUGUGUGACAAUUUUAUUGGCUGGAACCACCCCUGUUUUCGUGCGAAAUGUGCUUCAUUUUCUUUUAACAAUUUAGUGUUUCUUUUCUAUUUUUUAGGAUCAAAAAGAAUGGAAAUUUACAAAGGUUCCCAUCCGGAACUCGUUUUUAAAACUGAAGCUGGAAGACACGGCACAAGCUGUUACUACUUUCAAACUGGUGAGUACUGAUGAGUUACUCUCUAAGAACAACGCUGUUGGCCCUAUGAUGUAAAAAUAUUUUUACAACCUUGUGUCGUCAACCUUGUAACAUUCUUGUUAUAUCAUGACUGUAUCAGACUUGCUACAACAACCUUGUAACAAGUCUGAUAAUGCCAUUGUUCCAAACUUGUUACAACAACUGGGAACAAGCAGUGCGAACACAACUUGUCGACAGCUUGUGAACAGAUUUGUAACAACUUGUCUGCAGACCUGUAACAACUUGUGCGUUUUUAUGUGUGUAGUUGGAUUACAGUUUAUGAUGCGAAGAGCACGCUGCAGCCAUAUCUGUGCGUGUGACAUGUUUUGUAUUUUAGAUUCUGCGUUUCAUGAGUGACUGGUCAAUUUUGGGAGCGCGAGAGUUCGCUGUUGGAAACUAUAUCGUUCAAAAGGUUUGAAAAGCUAUUUUAACGUUAUUGUCAGAUCCCGGUGUGAAAAAUUAGCUUUCAAAAAUCGUAAAAGAAAGAGAAUUAAAAAUGAAUAUACAGUCUAUCGACCAAUGCGGAUCUUCAAACAUUUUCGCAGCGACCAAGUUUCCUUUUCCGAAAGUAAAAAUAGUGUGAUCCGAUUUUGUCUCUAAUUUUGCAUCGGGUUUCUUGUACCUUAUUCUUACAUGUAUACGCCUUGAUUUUAGGGCAUCAGAAGCCCAAGUUUACGAGAUGAGAUCUUUACUCAGUUGGUGAACCAGACUUGGGGGAAUGGUGUCGAGGCGAGCGUGGAUCGUGGCUGGUGUCUGCUUGCUUUGUGUAUGAGCUGUUUUAGACCCAGUGAAACCAUGGAGAAAUAUUUAUUAAAGUAAGUAUAUUGACCCAGUGUCACUACAGGAGGAAACCCAAGCUAAACUAGCUUUAUUUAUACUGGAUAGCGCUAUUAGUUUAGUUAGUUAGUUUAAUAACUUUGUUGCUUUAGAAGAAAAACCAUACACACUUGCAUCAUCCAAGCACUACUAUAUAUACUGCUAAAUACAAGAAUGUAGUAAUUAGUUAAAAAAACAACUGGUGGCCAAACAGGGCAUUGCCCCAAUUGAACAUGACUACCAAUUUAAAAACCUAUUAAAGAGUUUGUAUAUACCUAACAUUUGCUACUAUGUAUUUAUAUAUACAUAUUAACAACUAGUGGAACACUCUGCAAACUACUUAUGUGGCAGUUCAUAAACAUUAAGUUCUAUAUAAAAUUUCUUAAGAAGUCUAGACUUAAAAAUACUAGAGCUGUCAAUUGCUUUGAGAUCACUAUCUAACGAGUUCCACAUUGUCACAGCUCGAGGAAAGUACGAGUUUUUAAAAUAUUCAGUUCUACAUUUAAAUUCAGUGAAAUUAUUCACGUCAUGUGACCUAAUGUUAUAUUUAGGAGCAAGUCGACUUUGUACAUAAUCUGGUAAAUGUAUAUCCAAUAGACCUGUUCUACAUUUAUGAAAGAAUAACAAGUCUUUCAUACUUCUCCUGACAUCAAGUGGUAGAAGGUUAAGUUUUAUCAAACGUUCUUUAUAUCCAGUGUCAGGAUAAUUUAAAAUAAACUUUGUAGCUCGUCGUUGCACCGCUUCCAACAUAAGCUGGUAUUUUACUUCUGACGGGGACCACAACUCUGAUGAAAAUUCCAGCUGCGGCCGAACCAAUGUAAGGUGGAGGAGCUUCCUGACAGUUUGAUCUUCAAAAUCUCUGCAGGUUCUUUUGAUCAACCCGAGUGUUCGAUUUGCUUUUGCCGUAAUCUCUGCAAUAUGCUUCCCCCAACGAACAUCGUCACUCACAGUUAUUCCAAGAUCUUUGGUGGUUUUUACCAAUUCGAGAGAUUCGUGUCCCAAUAUGUAAUCACUCACGUGCGACUGGAUUUUUUUUCGCGACAACCUCAUAACUUUACAUUUAUUUGUAUUAAAUUUCAUACGCCACGUUUCUGUCCAAGAGUUCAUUUCAUUUAAAUCUAACUUAAAUCUAAAUUAGUUCUAAACCGUUCUUCCUAGAGGUGCAGUAAGGAUCAUCUCUUAUUGAUCCAGUGUUACCAUAGGAGGAAACCUAAGCCAAACUAAAUGUAUUUAUACUGGAUAGCUCUAUCAGUUCUAAACUGUUCUCCCUAGAGCCCGGCUAGAGGUCCAGUAAGGAUCAUCCAUUAUUGGUCCAGUGUUACUACAAGACGAAACCUAUACUAAGCUAACUCUAUUUGCACUUUAUUGUUGUAUCAGUUCCAAGCAGUUCUCCCUAGAAGUCCAGUAAGAGCCAUCUGUUGUCCUCCAUUGUUACAACAGGACAAACCUGACGAUAACAUGUGGUGUUUGAUAUAGUGUCUGACGGUGAUAUUAUGAUCAGUUCGACAGGACUCAAUCCCAGAUAUAGACAUAUGCACAAACGACUGUGUUAGCAACAGUCCAACGUAUGUUUCGAUACUGGUUUACUUGAUGCCUUAAUUCACUUCUCUUCUUUCUCGCAGACACUGUUCAGACAAUGCUUACGAUGGUUUCAAGAAUGUUUGUCAACAUAAAUUGUUGUCUUGGGAUAAACAACGCCAUAUAACCACUCGUUCUCACCCGCCAUCUUUACUCGAGUGGGCUGCUAUCAAACAGAAGGCAAAUAUGGCCGUCGAAAUUAACUCUGCCGAUGGUAAGUUGAUAAAACAACAGAAAUUUUCACAUUAUACUGAUUAGUCCCCCCCCCCCAGACAUCCAUGUUAACGGAUAUUUGGCCACCAGGCUUUUAGCCAGAAGGGCGUCCAGGCGUCCUGGGACGCCCCUAGAACGAAAUGCGGACGCCUUUGGACGCCCAAAUUAUCUCUGAAACGAAUUGGCUUCAAUUCUCAUUAUUAUUAUACAUUUGACAUUUUGAUCAAUUUGAUGGUGUACCUGGCUGAAUGAAAAUGUCGUAGUUAACCAGAUGAUCUUGAUACGCGGAAAAGUACUGGCACUAGUUGUCAAAUAGAAAUCCAUUUUAUGAUUAAAACAACUGAAUAUCUCCUGUAAUAUACUUUAUUUCGAUUCCAUAUUUUUGUCAGAGCUAUAGUUCUCAUAACCAAACAUAAUUACAAAAUUUCAACUACUUUCAUAAAGAAUAAUGAAAGAUAUAAUUGACUGAAUACAUCAAAAUGGAUUUCUAUUCGGACAACCCUUUCUGAGCGCUGAUUGGCUAAAAUACGAACACGAGAUCACCUGGAAGUAAAGAAGCAUAGCGGCACAAACUCACAAAGCCAAGUGUGUUUGAAAAUUUCGAACGAACUUGGAACAGAUACUGACAUGAAGUAAUGUAAACUUCAAAGGUUUUCCAGAGGAACGUUUUCUCGAACCCCCUCUUUACUGUAGAUGUUUCGUUAUACCAAAAUUGGACGCCCUCUUUCAGGACCCUGGCUAAAAGCCUGUUGGCCAGCAACUUAUAUCGCAGGGCUGCAGGUUCGAUUCCUGCCGGAGGGUCUGUAACUGCUCCUGCUUAGCUCGAAAAAAUGUAUAAAAAUCACACUCGGAAUUCUCAUCUACAGAUCUUAUUAACUUACAACUUUUUGAGAUCAUCUCUUGUAUGUAAUUUUUUUCUGUGUUGGUGUAAUGUACUCAGGUGAAUAAGAUGCUUGUGAUGUUACUCUGAGUGUAUAUCCACACCGGACAAGCUUGAAAAAUAUGCCCGGCCACGGUGGGAAUCGAACCUACCGUGGCCAGGCAUAUUUUUCAAGCUUGCCCUGUGUGGAUUUACACUCAGAGUAACAUCACAAGCUCGUGUGUGUAUUUUGUUUAUUUCAGGUGAGAAAGUUUUGAUUGAAGUGAACUCAACCAGUACUGGCGAUCAAGUAGCUGCAAAAAUUUUAAAAGAAAAGUAAGUUGAAAUUGCACAUUACUUGAAGAUUAACGCUUUUCAGUAUUAAAAAAACGUGUGAAUUAAAGCGUAGUCUUAUAUUAUUUGCAUUGAAUAUGAUCCGUACGACAUCGAAUGCUUUGCUAUAUAAAUCCCAGUUGUUGCAACAAGUUUGGAACAGGUUGUUAACAACUUGUAACAAGCUUGAUGGCAUUAUCAUACAGUCAUGAUAUAACAAGAAUGUUACAAGGUUCACGACACAAAGUUGUAACAAUAUGGUUAUAUCAUGACUGUAUCGGACUUGUUGGAACAACCUUGCAACAAGUCUGAUAAUAUCAACAAGGUUGUUACAAGUUGUUAACAGCUUGUUCCAAACCUGUCGACAACUUAGGACAAGCAGUGCGAAGACAACUUGUUGGCUUGCUACAAAAUACGAGAUUACGCAACCACAUUUAAAUAAAUACCUGUUCAUUUUCAGGGGGGUUGUGGAAUACCAAGGUGGCUGGAGUCUCGAUAUGAUUAACGAGUAUUGUCAUUAUUCAUUGGCUGGAUCAGAUUACGCCAUGGACUUGAUCGCUGAACUGGAAUAUCCACCCUUGUUCCCAGUCUCUUGCUCGCCCUCGGUCAUCUCUGUUGAUAUGUCGUACAAUGUAGGACCAAAUAAGAUACAACAACUAGACGAGUGAGUCGACCUUUCUUCUUGAUAUUAUUUCAGAAUUAAAAAUGGAAAAUAAUGUUAAGCAGUAGAAAUUGUAUAUGUUGUCUUAAUAAUAGUUUAAAAGUUUGUUAAUUACUGUUUGUUUCUGUAGUAACACUGGAUCAAUAAGAGCUACAGUAUCUAGUAUAAAUAAAGUUAGUUUAGUUUAGGUUUCCUCCUGUAGUAACACUGGAUCAAUAAGAGAUGAUCCUUAGUGGACCUCUAGGGAGAACAGUUUAGAAAUGAUAGAGCUAUCUGGUUUCCUCCUGUCUGUUAGGAUAUUUGCUAUCAACAUUUAUUACUGACCUUUGCAUAUUUUUUCUCUUGUAAUCUUGCUUUGUAUCGAGCUUGAGCCUUGAUAAAUCCUUCUCUCAUCCAUUAAGUCCCACUGCGUCCACCAACUAUAAAUAAAGUUAGUUACAUAAAUAAAUAAAGUGAGCUUAGUUUAGAUUGGAUUAAUGAACCUUUAUAGAGGUUUACGAUUUAAACAGAACUAAAAGAACUAUCCUGUUGAAAUAAAGUUUAGUUUAUUGUUACUGUAGGUAAAUUAUCAAUUUGUCAACUUAUUAUUUUCAGUCUUCAUAAACAACGCGACAGGAAGCAAACAUUUGCGGACGUUUCAAAAACUUUCAUUGAUGGAGACUAUAGUAUCGACCUUCCUGACGGUGUACCCCUUACUGACAAGAGAUUUACCCAAGUUAUUCCCGCUCCACCCGUCUCACCACAAGUUGUUCACAUCCAACCUCGAUCCCAGGGCCUGGUUCACAUCCCCCCGCCACCCCAAGCACCCCCUCCUCCCGUCCCUGUACAACCUACGACCUCCAGGGCAAAUAUUGAUAGCUCAGUAUAUACCACUACACGCGUAUCUGAGGCUGAACCUUUUAUUCCGAAACCCCCUAGUCCACCCCCUUACCCCCCUCCCAAUGUGAACCAUGUACCUCCAGGUAUGUAGAAAUAGUAAACAUAGCGUACUAGAGCAUAGAUUAAUUACAGGAUUUUGAGUAUCGACACUCGAAGAGCUACUGUAACCAGGAGAAGUUCACAUGAGAACCAGUUAUAUGAGAUUCAACUGCAAAUUGAAAUUCAACUUCUAAGUUCAAAAUGAAAUUCAACUUCAAAAUGAAAUUUAACUUCAAAGUGAAUUCAUGGUCUUCAAAAUGAAAUUUAACUUCAAAGUGAAUUCAUGGUCUUCAAAAUGAAAUUUAACUUCAAAGCGAAUUCAUGUACUUCAAAAUGAAAUUUAACUUCAAAGUGAAUCCAUGGUCCUCAAAAUUGAAAUUUGACUUCAAAGUGAAUUCAUGGUCUUCAAAAUGAAAUUUAACUUCGAAGUGAAUUCAAGGUCUUCAAAAUGAAAUUCGCCUUCCAUUUAUGUACAUUGUUAAAGCCAUGAUGAACUGCAUUAUGUUAUAAUUUCAUCUCGGCUGGCGGGAGAAAACUCCAUGCAAAUACACAGAAAUCUAUCUAAAAUUUCUAUAUUUUAGGUACAUCCCUGUAUAUCCCUCCUCCACCCCCACCCCCACCCCCACCACCCAUACAGGACCCCAUGGCAACGAGAAUCAAGCAAGUAAAAGAAGAACAGAACAAACGAGCGCAGAGGGCUGCCCCUGUUUCGGCUCACUCGCUAGACGAAAUCCGAAGAAAAGCGACCACCAUGCGAGACAAUCGUACGAGCGAAGUCGACGGCCGUCCGAUGAAUCCCGAAGAUGUUAUCGACCAGAAAAUCAAAAAAGCCUCCGAGUUACGGGCAGUUCCGAAAGAACAACGAUUGAAGUUGGCAUAUCAGUCUGAGCUUCAAGGUAGAAACCAAGGCGUUAUCACGUUAUAAAAUGUUUUAAUAUAUUAUCAAUCUUUUAUCUCACAUAACACACACAACAACUCUAUAACAAACGUACUUGCAGGGAGGUGAGUCCGGGAUUGGACGCACCGAGGGUGGCUGGAAGUUUCCCGAACUUACCGAGCGAAGCGAGGUGAGUUCGGGAAACUUCCAGCCACCCGAGGUGCGUCCAAUCCCGGACUCACCGAACCUGCAAGUACGUUUGGUUUUUAUCCCAUACACCGAGCCAUACACACAUUUGUAGCUCUUCGCGAUAUAUUCGUCGAUGUUUUGUGAACAUUUUCCCGGCCAAAAAAAUCACUGGGCAAGAAAAUACUUCUUUAUCUACGUCUACAUUACCUUUACUGCAUUUUUCUUUGGUUUUUCUUCAGUCUCAGUAUGUUAGUCACCGAAAAAAGUUCUUUAAAGUUUAGGUUUAUCGGCUAAAUCUUGUCCGCCAUAUUUGUUAUUGUUAUUGCAACGUAAGCAGUUUAGCGGGUGAGUUCGGGCGAAAAGCAGGUGAGCUCGGCAAAAAGCAGGUGAGCUCGACGACAAGCUCACCUGCUCUAAACCAAUCAGAAAGCCGCUUUUAACACAGGUAUGGGAUAAGACAUGAAGUGCGCAGACGCGCACACGGGCACAGGUAGCCCAACUCUGACACAACCAGGCGAUAGGCGAGUAUUCGAACGAAAAACUCGUGUAUCCUUUAAACUAUCGAAGUUUCUGUAAUCACAGUAGAAAUUUUGCAUGGGAAAAUUACAAAUUUUGAAGGAUUUGUAAGAAAUGUUUGAGGGAACUGACUCAGUAUUGAACACGAGCUCUGUUCCCUCAAACAUUUCUUACAAAUCCUUUGAAACCUAGACUUACCGAUGCAAAAUUCCUACUGUGAUCACAGAAACUUUUGAUAGUGUAAACAGUAAACUAACCUCUUUAGUUUAUGCAAAGGAAUUCGAAAAUUUGGUUGCGAGAACCCUGGAAAUUCGUGCAAAAUUUCUUGUGGUUUUGAACUGAUGUUGAUAUUGUCCCUUGAAGGUGCUGUUCAAAAACGCGCACAGCGCAUGAGCAAAACGUGGGAUGACGAGGAGAUGAAAUUGGAACUCCGUCGCGCGGAGAGGACUGGUCCUGGCAACUCUGUGCUGGCCGCGAGUGAACUGGAAGCGAGAGCACAGCGUGUGAGGAAAUCGUGGGCGGUGCCUGAGGAACGCGAGAAGACAUUCUCAGCUCAAAUCUACCACAGUGGUUCCCAGCCCCCGCAUGCAAACCAAGUACUCUCCCCGGAGCUUCCUACGACGGAACGAGGACUGAAUGACUUUGUUGAUAACCUGUUUAAUCCGGUUUUAUCUUCGAAUAUGGACGAUCUCACCGACUCGUAUAAUUUGUCACGGUCUAUUAAAGGUACGUUAAUUUUGGUAAAUAUCAAUCCAGAGCAUGCACAUUCGCAGGUUAGGCCGGUGUGCCGGUGAGCAUAGCCUAACCUGCGAACGGGCAUGCUCUGGAUACGGGAUUGGGUAAAUAUAGCUACAUAAAUGAUAUGUAGCUAUAUUGAUAAAUGACAUUAAUGAUAAUAUACUGUAUGUAUAAAUAGUUUGUAGCAAUUUUAAAUUUCAUUGCGGCAUUUGCUGAUGAAUCAGUAACAGUAUGGAAAUAAGAAAAAAGUAUAGACUGCAGAAACGGUAGUGGGACACGUUCUGUAUUUUGACUAACACGGUGGGAAAGGGUAGCGUUUAACCCGAUUUUAACCUUCCUUAAUAAUUAAACCUUUUCCCAUUUAUAUUUUGAAGGUGGUGGAAAGAUGUACCGAGCUAGAACAGUAGGCUCGCCUCAGGCCUCUAGUCCACCCCCGACCUCGAGCAGUGGUAUGCAACCAACCUUCGUUAAUGGUGGAAUGCAGUCAGGAGUGAAUGGUCCGACCUUCGUGCUGUUGAACAAUGGUAUGGCUAAUGGUGGAAUGAUACCAACAACUGGUGUUCAGUAUCAACCUUUUGUUCCUGGCAUGCCAGCAGGUAGGGUGGUAGUUAGGAGUCCUUCUUAAAAACAUGAGGAUGAGAGUUGAGAAGCGAGAAUUUGCAUGAGAGUUUUCUCAACUCUCGUGUCCCGGUCAAACAAGAACAAGAGUUACACGAGAGUUGAGAAGCGAGAGUUUGUAUGAGAGUUUUCUCAACUCUCAUGCCCCGGUCAAACGAGAACAAGAGUUGCAUGAGAGUUGAUGAGAGUUGAGAAGCGAGAGUUUGUAUGAGAGUUUUCUCAACUCUCAUGCCCCGGUCAAACGAGAACAAGAGUUGCAUGAAGAACAAAAGUUGAUGAAAAUUAAUGAGAGUCAACGAGAGUCGAUGAGAGUUGGCGGCGAAAUGCGAAACUUGGUCAACAAGAAAUGCACAAUCUUAAAUAAUCCUGCAUUUAUUUCCAGGAAUGAAUGGCUAUGUACCAAUGCAGUACCCUAUGGCUAGCGGCAUGACCUUACAAGGUGUCCCUCAAACAAUGCCUAUUGUCGUUCCGGUUAGCCGUCAACAACAACAACAACAACAACAACAACAACAACAACAACAACAACAUGUUUACCAACCAAACCAUGAAGAAGUCGGCAUUCAGCGGAAAUUGGAAGAACAGGAACGAAAAUUAGCCGAGCGACAAGCAGAACUGGCGAAACUUGCAGAUAAAUUAGACACUUUGAAACGCGAGCAACAACAACAACAAUUAGAACAAAAGCAGCAGCAACAGUUGGAAAAACAACGUAAACAACAAGAACAGUUAGAGCAAGAACGUAAAGAACAGCAGCAACAACAGCAAUACCACCAACACCAACAACAGCAACAAAAUGCUACCCAAACCCAACAAGAACUCCCACAACAUAGCCAAAGUACACGCCCUACCCAAUACUCCCCACCUACAAAAAAUCCCUCAUGGACUCAAUCUAAUGGCUCCGAUUAUUUAUCAACCAAAGCCAGUCGUUUUUCAAGCCACCCUAUCCACACGGGGCAUUCUAGCCACCCUCUCCACACGGGGCUCUCUAGUAACCUUCAACCCACGGGGCAUUCUAGCCACCCACUCCACAUGGGGCAUUCUAGCUCAUUCCUCAAACAAAAAAGUGACGUUCUUCCCCCUUCAGAAUUCAGAGACAGACAUCCCAUUCCACCAUCACAACCUACACGCAACACAACUGUUUCAGCAGCGCCCCCACCCCCCGUGGUAAACGUGGAAUACGUUGAUGGCCCUAUACUGAAGUCUAAGCCAGACGGUGGGGCGGCGUCUGUAGUUCUGGCUGUACACACUCAAAGACCUUCAUCUCAUACGCCCAUCAAAAUCUAUCACAUGCCAAAUCAUGGGGAACUAGCCACGACCUCAUUUACGGUUGUAAUGACCGAGAAAGGCGGAAGGACUGAGCUCUACCGGAAGUGUACUGGACCCUAUUUGACGUAUCAAAACGUCAAGUGGAAAUUAUUCCUACGGAAAGAGGUAUGUAGACGCACUAACAUGGCAUCAACUAUUUCGCUGACCUCAGAAUGACAUUUCGUCAAAACUUUUUUCUUCAAGAUUGGUUUAGAAACAAAUUUGGCAUAGGGUUAGGUUAGGGUUAGGGUUAGAAUUAGGGUUAGAGUUGGUGUUUGGAGAAGGGUUAGUGUUAGUAAAACCGUUGCUUUGUUACGUUUUAUCACUUUGAGGCCAGCGAAAUAAUCUCUUCUCUACCUUUUUAGGUAGUCCAAGAACCUAUUUAGAACCGUGCCACUUUUUUGGUUCUCGGACUACCUAUUUGGGUAGUUCAAGAACCAAAAAAGUGAUACGGUACCAAAAAUUGGGCGUAGUGUAAACGGGGCUUUAGAUGCAGGUUUAUUAGCAUAGCAUGACCAGUUUCCAUGACUAGUUUUGCCACUGUUUGAGGGUUUUUUGUUUGCAGUUAUCUAAUUCUCCCUCAGUCUAUGUGAGAAGACUGCCUCCAUGCUGUUAGUUUAGAUUUAGUUCCACUUUGGUUAGUCUAAAAAUCACUUGCACGCAAAAUGGUUUUUUUUGUCGAAACAGACAAUAACGUGUGUAAAAUUCACAGUUGUCUUUGCCAGUGUAGAUAGUGGCCAGCAGUGCCUGAACAAUAUAAGGAGAGUUAACUCCAGACGAAGCUCGAAACGUCGACGGGGUUCAUAGCGGUCUUUGAAAUCCUUGAAAGUCUUUGAAUUUGAAUGCAAGUCUUUAAGGUCUUUGAAAAGUCUUUGAAUUGUGUGAAAAAGCGAAGAAAGUCUUAAAAAGUCUUUAAAAUUAAUUAUUUAGUGAGUAUUUGAUUAUACGAUUUCCUAUAGCUAAUAAAAUAGAUUGAUUGAAGAGCAAGGUUUUCGCAAAUAUCGACGAAAAGGUACAUUUUAAGAUGUGAUGUGGCGGGACUAAUCACUGGGCAAAAAUGGUGCUUACGGUGCCUACGACAGCUGAUUGUUCUCAAAGAUCUUUGAAAAUAGGCAGAAAAAAUCUUUGAAAGUCUUUGAAUAUUUUUGGUCUUGGAGACUACGAACCCUGGUCGAAAUUCUCCUUAUAUUUUUCAGGUAGUUGCAUCCUUAUCAACGAAAGUUUGUUCAUAAACUUCAGUUGGACUGUUCUAUAUCCAUGACUGUGUGAAGAAAACUAUAUUAUUAUUAUUACUUAAUAUCCUGAAAUACUUCUUCAUGUUAUAGUUAUUUAUGGCAAACGAGAAAAUGAGCAGUGAAUUGACACAGCAUCUCGUCUUUAGACAGGUAAGAAUUUCCAGUUUCAGGUUUUCCUGAAAACCCCGAGCCUGAAAAACAGCGACUCUGAAAACCCCGAGCCUGAAAAACAGCGACUCUGAAAACCCCGAGCCUGAAAAACAGCGACUCUGAAAACACCGAGCCUGAAAAACAGCGACUCUGAAAACACCGAGCCUGAAAAACAGCGACUCUGAAAACACCGAGCCUGAAAAACAGCGACUCUGAAAACCCCGAGCCUGAAAAACAGCGACUCUGAAAACCCCGAGCCUGAAAAACAGCGACUCUGAAAACCCCGAGCCUGAAAAACAGCGACUCUGAAAACACCGACCCGAAAACCCUGGCCAGCAGGUUCGAUUCCUGUGAGAUUGCUCACAUAUUUCACAAGUGCUCGUGGUUAGAGCUAACAUAUGUUUAUCUACAAAACCCUUUCUUUAAUAUUUUACGUAGAUUGUGUGGGAUACCUAUAAAACCUGCUCCUGUAGAAUGUCGAGAACUGACAGAUAUACAAUGAAACAAUUGCUUGGUAAGUUUGACUAGACUCUUCCCAAGAGACACCGCGAUCAAACGUCCGCUUAUCGACAGCUCGUGUUCGCAACACUGGAAAUACAGUAGUAUUGUAAAUAUUACAUGUUUGAGGGAACUCAUUCAGUGUUUAACAGUGAGUUAGUCCCCUCAAACAUUUCUUGCAAAUUCUUCAAAACUUAGAAUUUACCCAUGCAAAAUUCUUACUGUGGUCACAGAAACUUUGAUAGUGUAAACCAGACUUAUAACGGCGCGAAAAGUGGCCUGAGACGAGAUUGUGAGGCUAUAUUGUUUUGCUAACAUCUAUUGUAGUUAUUCUCUCCAAUGAAAGCCUUUGUUUUGACUAUCAUAUGUACCUUUAGAAAAAUAUGGUAUUUAUCCCGACAAGACCAGCACCAGUUCGCCGAUUGAAGAAAUUAUUAUUGAUGCUGCGAAGCAGUUGCCAUACUACUUCUGUAGAUUUUUCAAAGUUUCGGUAAGUCAAGUAAAUAUAAUAUUUCUCUAGUGCUAUUCAGUCCAGAUCCAGUGAUCGGAAUGUUCCAUUGUCUUUUCAUUGUUUUCAAAAUCUCGCUGUUCUCCUUGCCGUCCAGUCACUUAUUGCUUUGGCUUCUUUGUAAUGGUAUACAAGGGGUUUAUAUGGCGCUGAUUCUGUUUGCAUUUUGUUCAUAUUUAUGUUGAAUUACUCAAGACUUUAAGAAGAACAUAUAACUCGCUCCUCCCGUAACAGAAUACUAAAUUUUAGUUUCUUUCUUUUAGAAACAAAACGAUAGCAUUGAUUUUCAGUACAUCGCAGUUUCUCACACUGGAGUGCAGUUUAUUAAGAGAGAGAGAAUUACGAAUGAACUAGAAACUGUUGAGAAAUAUUUGUAAGUAGCUCUAUCAUUUCCUAAACUAUUCUAUUCUAUAUUCUAAACUAUUAUAUCUAAAGGGUCAUCUCGUAUUGAUCCAGUGUUACUAGGAUAUGGAAAUUGAAUCCAGAUCUGACAGAUGCACUCCAUCAGCACCACUUUAACAGUAUUUUCAUAUUGUCAGGUAUGGUGAUAUGACCAAAGUUCGAGUGAACAACGACAAACUGACGAUCAAAACGAGGGUCAAGAAGAUACACAUAUUCACUGACAAAGUAAGUUUCAGCAGUAGAUUUCUGAAAUACGAUUUCCAGGAAUUUUAAUGAUGUUACAAUCACUACAGGACUCAUUAGUCAAAUGUCAAUCUGAAUAUAAGGAAAAUUAGCAUCCUUCAAAAUUUAAAUAGAAAUAGAUUUGAAAUCUUACUAAAUUGGCAAAAAGUUGUUGUUGAGUUUAAACGUAUAUUCUAUUUCUUGCUUUCCUACGCUAUCACAUUGCAUUCAAUAAUAAUCCCAUUGUCUCCUACUGUUUUAUAAUAUGUCAAUCAUGAGAGGGGUGUGUCAACAACACUACAGUUGUCAUAUUACCAAAGAUUAUUUCUGUCGUGAUAACACUUCCGAACUGAAAGGAUAUUUUAUAACAGGGGGAGGGGGGCACAGUUGUGGCUUAGCCCCUCUGAGCUCCAUUACACCGCUGAGUUUCAGUUGUUGUUUUCAACUGUUUGAAUUUUGUUUUUCAUCUGUUGUGUGUAGUAAUAAUUUGUUUUCUUUUCUUUUAUUCUUUCAAUUCAGGCAACUCUAGUGAAAAAAGUAAUUGAUCCUUAUUUGGCUUUUGUUCACGAAAAGGUAUUCUAAAAACGAUAGACUAUGAUGGCAUACGAGUUUCUAAACCUUGCUAAUGUGACUUGAUUUUGCUCAUCAAUGUAUCCCUUUAUUCCUCAGGACUCGAAAUACGUGAAAGCCAAGUAUGACUACAUCACGAACGAAUCAACCUUACUGAGCUUCAAGCAAGGUGACGUCAUCAAACUGGUUGCUAAGGGCAACCUCUCGGACGGAUGGCUUUAUGGAGAACUGAGAUCUAGUGAAGGAUAUUUCCCGGCCGAGUAUGUCACGGACAUGAGUGAGGUGGGUUGUGUUUAAACGUAGAAGACAUUCUUGUAAAGUUUAUUUAUACUGGAUAGCUCUAUCAGUUCUAAACUGUUCUCCAGGAAGGAUCAUCUCUUAUUGAUCCAGUGUUACUACAAGAGGAAACCUAAACUAAACUAACUUUAUUUAUACUGGAUAGCUCUAUCAGUGCUAAACUGUUUUUCCUAGAGAUCCAGUAAGGAUCAUUUCUUAUUGAUCCAGUGUUACUUCAGGAGAAAACCUGAACUAAACUAACUUUAUUUAUACUGGGUAGCUCUAUCAGUUCUAAAGACUAAACUGUUCUUCCUAGAGGUCCAGUAAAUGGCAUCCCAUAUUGAUCCAGUGUUACUACAGGAGAAAAACUGAGUACCCGAUAGAGUCAACCUGGUUACACUCUUCUCACAUCCCUUACCCAGCCUGUUUCUCUCUGCUUAUUUUUUGCUUAUUUUAUUCAAUUUUUCAGCGUCAGCCAUCAAUCUCGAAACCUGGCACGAGGUCAUCAACCUCUGGCUCUAUCCCCAGGGCUCCUACUCCAAACUCGGUCCACAGUGAUCAUUCUACUUCAUCAUUGCAAGACGGACGAUACUCCAUGUUGGAGUUUGCUAUGAAGUAUUUCAGAUUCGGCCACGACAUGUAAGCCUUAUAAGUGUUUUCUACCAAAUCUGUACUGUACUGUACUCUUCUGUACUGUGCUUUUAUGUGCUUUACUGUGCUUUUCUUUGCUGUGCACCAGAUGUACUGUGCUGUAUUUUAUUGCAUGGUAGUUUAUUGUACUGUAUCAUAUUAUAUUGUAAUCAGUUUUACUGUAUUGUACUGUGUUGUGUUGUGUUGUGUUGUGUUGUGUUGUGUUGUGUUGUGUUGUGCUUUACUCUAAUCCAUUGUAUUGUUGAACUAACGCGAGUUAUUUCAAUCCAGGUAUAUAAUGCAGAGAAAGAAAGAUGGCUCCAUCAGAGGCACAAUUAAAAUCAUGGACUCCAUUGGCAGAGCAUUUAAAGGUAGAGAUUGCACUCCGUUUUCAGUGAUGAUACAUUGAAAGCUUCUGCAGCUAAUCCGAAAUUUAAAAUAUUGUUGGCGUCUUUUAGGUAAUCGUAGGGACGACGAAUGGACAUGGAAGAAUCAAGCUGACCUUGUCAAAUUCUCAAAAGUAUGUCUGUUUUUUGAAAUUCUUUCCUUCAUUCCUUCCUUCCUUCCUUCCUGCCUUGUUUUUAUCGUCGAAUUUUAGUCCGUCGUUUUAUUCAUCUAAUACUGAUUUAUUUUUGUACAGUCUCCAAUCCAGGCAUCCUUACUGAAACUCGAUUCCUCACUUCACAACAAGAAAGCUUUGGAAUCAUUUAUAAGUAUGUGUGUCGAUUAAAUUAUAUUAUUUAAUUAACUCUUACUUUAUCGUAUCAACUUCCGUAUGUUGCCCAUUUGCGUUCAUAUCGGUGUUUAUAAACAAAACGCAACUAACUUCAUUUAUACUGGAUAGCUGUGUCACUGUGAAGAGUGUUCUUUCUAGAGGUCCAGUAAGGCCCACCUCUUACUGAUCCAGUGUUAAUAAUGUAGAAGGGAAUCAAGUUAGAUUGAUAUUAGACCACUAUGAGGAGAUAAGUUUUGUUUACACUCAGAGUAACAUCACAAGCAUCUUAUUCACCUGAGUACAUUACACCAACACAAAUAUCAAGUUUUGUUUCAUCCACACGCAUUUAAGGAAGGGAAGAUAACCUGAUGUUCAGGCUAAAAUUCCGUCUAAAAGGCUCGUCUACACGAUACGGUCGCAUGGUCGUAUACAAUUCUUACCCAGGCGUGUGUACUAAAUGCGUGUAAAGAUGACACAUUUCAAAUUUUGGGCAUGUAGUAAAACACUGACUACCGGAACACCACCGGAACACUACCUAACCCUAACCCUAACCCCAAACCCUAACCCCAAACAAAUUGGUGGUGUUCCGUUGUUCCGGUGGUGUUCCGGUGGUGUUCCGGUGGUGUUCCGGUGUUCCGGUAGUCAGUGUUUUACUACAUGCCCAAAUUUUUGCCAUAAGCUGAUGAACAGGGAUAAUGGCGUCAGCAGUCGUUUAAGCUGGUCUUCAGUAAAUUUUCGUUCACUGCUAUCUUCUGAAACCCAUAACGUUUCAUUGCAGCUAUUAUGAAGUAUAUGGGAGAUUACGUUAUGAUUAGGGGAGAAACUCCACCAGACCUUGUAUUUUUCCUCCUGCUGGUAAGUUGAAAUCUAAGACUAUAAGUACGCAAUGUAUAGUGUUGUUAUUUAAUUAAUUUCAAAAUAAAUUAGUUUGGAAUACUUUUGUCCAGGGUCAAUUUAGGGUAGCGUGAGGCGUGCGCCUUAGUUUCAACGCCAAGCCCCGAUCCGGAACGAGAAUGAGAGUUGGCAAGCGAGAGUUUGCAUGAGAAGUUUUCUCAACUCUCAUGCCCCGGUCAAACGAGAACAACAGUUACAUAAGAGUUGAUGAGAGUUGACAGGAUAUGCGCGCGUAGCGAAAACUCAUCAUCAUCAUCAAAAUUUGAAAAGUCGAUGAGAGUCUCGUCAACUCUCAUUCCUGUUUGACUCUGGGCUUUAUGUCCCUUGAUUUCUUCGCUAUAUUGCUAAACAAUCAGGCUUGUUGCGCCAUUUUAGACCUGUCGUGAGUAUCCUGAAUUAAAGGAUGAAGUUUACUGUCAGCUCAUCAAACAAGUGACGAGUAACAAGAGCAAUAGAUCGUAAGUACACUUUACUCCAACCGUUUGUUUGUGCUCUAACUAAGAGUUAAAUUUAAUACAAAAAGCUCAUCUACACACGUAAAAAUCUCACAACUUGUCAACAAGAUGUGUUCGCAACAGGCUUAUAGCAACCUUGUCAACAAGUUGUAACAAUGUAUUGACAAAUUGUUGAAUUGCAGGACGAUAACAACAUUACCCAUCCAUGGCUGUCUAUUAAAAUGUGGCCUUCUAAAGUCCAUAGGACGACAUAUGCCUGACAUCCGCUUGCACCAAAACAAAUGAGUCAUGAUCUAUGUUUUUCUAAUACUUCAUGUCUUCGUUUCAGUGACAGUCGCGCGAAAGGAUGGCGACUCUUCAUCAUUCUCUCCGCGUAUCUUCAAUGUUCUGACGUCCUCAGACCUUAUUUAGUUCGAUACCUGCAGACGAUUUCCAACGACCCGAAACGAGAAUUUCAUGGUAAGUUGUUUUAUAGUUGAGCAACGAAAAUCCUGUGCAUGUAUUUUGCUGCAGAGUACCUUUAUUGGAACGGAACAGAACGCAACUUAGACUGGAACCACACGUUUGAUAUAUCUUAUUUCGUCAGGUGCGGCUGCCACGGCUGAAAUGAACUUACUAAAAACUUUGAAAUAUGGAGGACGAAGAACAGAUCCCGGACCAGCAGAGAUGGAACAACUUGUGGUGCGUGUUUGUUUAUAUUACCAUUCACCUGAGGGCGAUUAUCACAAACCUUCCGUUACAUAUGUACAUGGAGUUAACGUGAAGAUGAAAUGUGGGAAUAGUUCUUACUUUUAAGUGAAUGUUUAUUGAAAAUCUCAAUAGUUAUUUUGUUGUUUUGUUUACAGCAAGGACGAAGCACCAAACGGCUACCUAUCUACUUACCAGGAGGAAUUACUAAAGUUUUGAAAGUCCAGACUUGUAGUGUAAGUUUAGCCUGUGGUAAAAGAUAGUAGAAUAAAAGUCUCACAACUUGUCAACAAGAUGUGUUCGCAACAGGCUUGUAGCAAGCUUGUCAACAACUUGUAUCAAUGCUGUUAUUUCAUCAAGUUGCUACAAGGUUGUCACUGACAACUUGUUGAAUUGCAGGACGAUAACAAGCUGUUGGAACAACUUGUAACAGGUCUAUUGAGCUCAACAACCUUGUAACAAGUUGUCAACAUGCUGGGAACAAGCAGUGCGAACACAUCCUGUUGACAAGUUGUUGGAACAGCAUUGGUAUAAUUCGUCUGCAAGUUCGUUACAAGUUGUUUCACAUGUGUAAUUUAAUAGUAGACAAUCAUACUCCUCUCGAACGACACCUUGUGAGUCUUAUAAAUAUUCACUUCGCUACAACAUUAACACAAUUUUGUUCAUUUAUUAGACUGGUUAUGAUGUCAUUAAAGAUCUGUGUUCAGAAAUGAAUGUCUCUGGUGAAGAUGAAUGUAAUGAGUUCGGUCUUUUCACUUUCUUGGAACGAGGUAGGACAUGGAGGCAAAUGAUUUUUGUUGUAAUUGAAUGUUGGUUGUAUGACAAAUUUAACAGUGAUGUUUAUGGAUAUGGAAACUUAUCCCACUUGACCAAAGGCCUUAGAAGACCAGUAAGGAUCUCUCUCAUCUAGCACAAGGUGAAAUCUCACCUAGCCGGGCUGACUCUUUCUCGUGUGAACACAAACUGAACUUUAUAUGCGUUAACAAGGAGUAUGCAUGACCGAUUCACUCUUUGGUUUCAGAGAAAUCAUUGGAACCACUUCGUGCAAAUGAGUACGUCAUGGACGUAAUCUCGAGAUUGGAUCGCAAGCGUAUCGACUAUCACAUGCAUUUCCGACGAGUUGUUUGGUUCAAGAGAUUCCGGUUUGAAAAUAAACAAUUGAUAGAUCUUCUCUUUAAUCAAAUCAGUCCGAAUGUCAGAUCAGGUGAUCUUCUGGGUGGUCAAUCGUUUGAUGUACAGCUGCAGAACGAAGCAUCUUUGUUGAAUGCAUUGGAUUAUCAUUUACAAGGAAAACGACAACAACCGAACUUGUAAGUUAUUCAAAACUAACCUUUGUUUAUGCUGGAUAAUUAUAUCCGUUCUAAACCAGUGAGGAUCAUCUCUUAUUGAUCCAGUGUUACUACAGGAGGAAACCUAAACUAAACUAACUUAUUUAUACUGGAUAGCUCUAUCAGUUCUAAACUGUUCUUCCUAGAGGUCCAUUAAGGAUCAUCUCUUAUUGAUCCAGUGUUACUACAGGAGGACACCUAAACUAAACUAAUUUUAUUUAUGCUUUUCCACAACGUUUAGGAAAGACGUUGCUGACUCGAUCCCACCAUGCAUUUCAAGGACUCUACGUCCACCGCAAUGGGUUGUUCUCAUUCAAGAUCAUUACAAAACCAUCAACCAUCUUUCUCCUGACGAAAGUAAAAAGAAGUAUUUAGGUAAGGUUAAUGAGAAUAAUUUCAAAAUAUUAGGAUGAAGGUAUUUCGUAGCGAAACACUAUUUACAAACAUUUGUAGGAACAAUAUCUUAGGAUUGCUUGCUUGCAUUAUUAUAACUAUUAUUAUCGUGUGAUAAAAGUUACGAAAUCUAAAUCUGUUUCUCUUUGACAUUCUGUAGAUAUCGUUAAAAAGUGGCGCUACUUUGGUUCGACAUUCUUCCGAAUAAGGGUGAGAAUUUAAACUCUACUUUCGGUGUUGUUUUGUAUCAUGGUGCUAUAAUAUAGUUCUUAUAAUAUAGUUCUAGGUGCAGACACCUUCAUUUCGAUUCCCAGUUAAUGUUUCAGGAUUCUUUCCGACAGUGAGUUGGUUUAAUUUCGAUAGAAACUAAGAUAGAUAAUACUCAUAUGUUCUUGUUUCAGCAUUGUACUCAUCCAAGAGUUGGCAGAGAAUGUACACUGGUCAUUAAUAGAGAGGGUGUUCACUUUUUGGACGUUCAAACCAAGGUAUUAUAGUUGUAUGUUUUUUUAUAAUAGAGAUCAAAUUAUUUAAUUCGCCUUGUACAUAUUACAGUGGCAGGGAAUCCGCAACAGCGUAAUUGCCAAUUACUGUAGACGGGGAGGGGGGCUGACACAGUAACAGGGUUUCAUUCCUGCAAUAUGCAUGCAGUUGUAAUUUUAGGAUCAGUACCAAGUCAAAAGAGUGCUCAUAGUUUCAUUCUACUAAGUACCACAGGUUUUCUUUAAUUGGGCACUCCGAUUUCUCCUUUAGUUGUACACUGGGCUAAUUAAAGAAAACUCUUAGUAGACCUGUAGGAAGAAUAGUUUAGAACUGAUAAGUUGUCCAGUAUAAAUAAAGUUAGUUUAUUUAAGUUUCCUCCUGUAGUAACACUGGAUCAGUAAGAGAUGAUCUUUACUGGACCUUUAGGGAGAACAGUUUAGAACUGAUAGAGGUAUCCAGUAUAAAUAAAGUUGGUUCAGUUUAGGUUUCCUCCUGUAGUAACACUGGAUCAGUAAGAGAUGAUCUUUACUGGACCUCUAGGGAGAACAGUUUAGGACUGAUAAAACUAUCCAGUAUAAAUAAAGUUAGUUUAGUUUAGGUUUUCUAAAUGGUAAUUUAUUGUUCCAGGAAACUCUACUAAGUUUCACGUACAAUGAGAUUAUUUCAACGCGAUUGCUGAUAUCUGGCGAACGAGGACGACAAUUCCUGGAUCUGAAAUGUGGAAAUUUGAUGGUGCAAAAGGUCACAAGAAUUGAAACGCAACUUGUGAGUACAUGCUUAUUAAUUUCUAGAAAACUUAAGGAUUAGGAUUGGAGAUAUAAUGGUAAGGAUGAGGCACAAAAUAUUUUGAAAAGCAAUAUUCAUUGAAAUUGAAUUUUUUUGUUUUAGGGUCGGGAUAUCGCAGAUCUUAUCGACAUGUAUUUCAAAUUUCACAACAAUGAAAAAAUGGUCCACCAACACAACGCGCAACAUAAUGCGCAAUUAUAAACUAAACGAUCACUUCCUGUCAGUUGCAAAUUUUUCUAAUUUGAUCAAACAUGCGCAGCCAACAGAAGGAAUAUAGGUACAUUUUGGCUGGACCGCAAUUUGUGCCUUUGGCUUAGGUUCCACAUCGAAGCAUCGUUCACAAAUGCCAAUGCAUGCUUGUUCAAUGAAUAAUGACACUGUUUGCACUUGUAUUAUUAUGUAGUAAUAUGUGAAUUGUAUAUUUGUCUUGCGCACCAUAUGAUAUGUUCAAUUUUUGACUGUGCUCAGUGUAUAGUCUAUAUCACGCAUAUCAACUAUACUUUUUAUCAAUCAUAAACGCUACUGUAGUAUAAUAGCAAGAAACAUAUUUUAAGUAAAUUUAAGUUAGCGCUAUUCAAAACACUCACUAAAAUUUAAAACUAAAACACGGUUCAAUCUUCAUAUAUACUAUUCAUUAAUUUCGUUUCAAAAUUAAAAGCUUGCCAACCUACAUGUAUGUAGCUUGAAAUUCCUAGUAAAAAUUGUUUUCUUUUAUAUGAGAUGUAAAUAUACAAAGGCCUUACAUUGCGCUGGGAAUUUGCCUUUAAAUAUAGCAUCAAAAUUGUACCAUAUAUCUAACCUAGCCCAGGCCUUCCCGCGUAACUGGAUCGGCCAUACAUCAUUAAUUUGCAUAAACUGCAAUACCUUUGAUAUCAUUCAGAAUUAAUACUUUUUCACGUGCAAAAACACGGCUCCGCGCCCGCUUGAAAGUCUACCAUGCUUUAUAGCACCAUGCACGUUUUGAACAUUAGGUUUAGUUUUAAAUAUUAUAUUUAAAUAUUCGUAUAGAUAAUUUGUAUUUAAAGUUUAAACAGUUGGAUGUAUUUAUAUGCUGUUAGUGGUAUUUAUUUCAAUGACCAUUGUAAGUCAUAUUUAAUACAAUUUAUGUAUAAAACAC